AUGUUACAUCAGCUCACUGAUGGAUGGCAUAAACUGAAUUCAGUUUAUGAGCAUGUGACACACAUAUCUGAAUUUCUACUUGGGUUUUCCAACAUCCCUCAUAUUAGGUAUUUCUAUGUCUUCCUGUGUUUUGUCUACAUCAUGACUGUUUUGGGUAAUGGCUUUCUUCUCUUAGUUAUUUGGCUGGUGAAGACUCUUCAUACUCCUAAAUACAUGAUUGUGUUCAACAUGGCUUUGACAGAUUUGUGUGGGAGCACAGCUCUCAUUCCAAAAGUCUUAGAUACUUUUCUGUUUGACAGGAGAUACAUUUUCUAUGAUCCCUGUUUAGGUUAUAUGUUCUUUGUUGUUUUCUUUGCAAGUAUGCAGUCAUGGACACUUGUCGCGAUGGCAUAUGACAGGCUUAUAGCCAUUUGUCUCCCUUUAAGGUAUCAUAGUAUUGUGACUGAAGCAUCAAUUGCUGCAGUUCUUCUCACUGAGGAGGACUACGUCAAGAGAAGAAAGAUUGGGAUCACUAACAUAGUUGCAUGGGCCUCCUACAUUGAUCCUAAUGCCAGAAUGAUAAAUUACACAUUGACCCACACCAUACCACCUUUGCUCAAUCCUAUUGUAUAUGCUUUAAAGACAGAAGAAGUGAAAAAUGCAAUAAAAAAGCUUUGCAAAAGAAAUAAUGUUAGCAAUACAGUCACAAAAUGCUGA